AUGGAUACUCGUGAAAAAACCGAGUAUACUUCAACAGAAGUGUAUUCAUCACAUUCAGAAGAACAAAUCAUUCAAAAUACCGAAAUAUCAAGUUUACGAGAUGUCCAAGACGCUGCCUCAACAAAAACUGGCUCUACUCUUCAGAAUAACACCCCAGAAGAUACCAAGAAAACUCUUAGUGUCGGCUGGACUCUUGUCCUCUUUGCUGGCCUAGCAAUUGCCAUGUUUAUGGUCUCACUCAACUCGACCAUUGUGGCUCCUGCCAUGAAUAUCAUUGCUGCUGAUCUCGAUGGUCUGUCCUCUCAGACAUGGAUUGCUACUGCUUACAUGGUUGCAUUCAACGCUUCUCAACCUCUUGCUGCCAAAUUCUCUGAUAUUUUUGGAAGAAAACCUGUCAUUUUGUUUGGCGGUGUUCUCUUCUUUAUCGGAUCUAUUGUCAACGCACUUGCAAAAAAUAUGAAUACCCUUAUCCCUGGCCGUACUGUACAAGGUUUCGGUGGUGGGUGUGUCAUGGCCAUGGCUUACAUUAUUGUUACCGAUAUGGGACCUGUCGAAAUGAGACCUCGUCUACAAGCAAGUCUUGCUGUCAUUUACGGUCUCGCUAGUGUCGUCGGUCCUUUGAUUGGUGGUGCAUUUGUUGACAAGUUAAACUGGCAUUGGGAUUUCUGGCUGAACGUUAUCUUGUCUGCCAUCUCUAUGAUCAUCAUCUUUUUCUUGCUAUCUGAAUCCACAAAGGUUGAAAACUCUAGCUUUAUCCAAAAGAUGAAGCGAAUCGAUUGGUUUGGAUCUCUAUUCACCACCUCUUUCAUUUGCUGUCUUUUAUUGGCCUUGAAUUGGGGUCCUGUCUACGGCUGGGGAGAUGCUCAUUCCAUAGGACCAUUUGUUGCUGCAGGUGUUUCACUUAUACUUUUAGUCGGUGUCGAAGGUUUCUAUGCAGCUGAACCAAUUAUGCCAGGUCGAGUUGUAUUGAAUCCCGCAGUAGCAAUAUUGUACCUUUGCGUCGCUUGUCUCGGUGUCGGAUUUAUUGGAACUCUUUAUUUCGGUCCUGUUUUGUUCCAAGCAGUCUUUGGCGCCUCCAGCACAGCCUCUGGAAUUAGAUUGAUUCCAUACAUGGCUCUUCUCAUUGUAGCCUCUGUAGGAGGAAGUAUUGCUAUUGCCAAGUUCCCAUAUCCAAAAUUCUACAUCGUAUUGGGUGCUGCCUUUAAUGUUCUUGGUUACGGAUUGUUUUAUACUAUUAAAGAACAUGACUCAUGGGGUAAACAAGCCGGAUACCUCACACUUUGUGGUUUCGCCUUUGGUCUCUCUCAACAGAACAUCAUUAUUUCCGUUCAAGCACUCGUCGAAAAGAGAGACAUGGCUGUGGCCACAAGUUUGAACAAUUUCUUCCUUAUGUUGGCUUCUUCUGUGGGUGUUGCUGUUUAUCAGACUUUGUUAAAAAGAUUCCUCACAAGCGAGUUCGCUAAAGUUGCUCCCGAAAUUUUGGGUAUUGCUGUUAAAUUUGAUGCACUUGCCAAUUACCUUGCUAUUCGUGAUAUGCCAGUUGAAGCACAAGCUCCUAUCAUCCAUGCUUAUUGGGCAGCUCUCAACAAAGUCUUCAUCUUACCAAUGGGAGCAGGUGCUGUUGGUUUUAUCUGUUCUUUACUUGUCAGAAAUUACCGAUUUGGUGCCCCCACUAGUCAGGCCGAUAAUGAGAACUUUGCUGAACUAGCUUCAGCAAAAAAUCGUGAUUCUAUUACAGAAAGUGGCCCCAGUGAAAAAAUUUAA